GGAGCCCUGGGUGACUCAGAUGGCGAUGUCUUACGGGCAGCGAUACAUCCAACUUGCCUUGGGCCUCCCCGUAUCUGACUGAAACGGUCUUGGGAAUGUUGCUCUGUCGGACCUUGGGGAAAACCUAAGGCGCACCAUGACUUGGGCCUAUACUGUGGCUCUACGGUUUGUCGACUCGACUAGCAAUCUCUCCGCGUCGUGCACCGAGAGGGACCGUCUCGCAGCAUGGGCUCAGGAGCUCGAGAGAGAGCUUAAUGAAACCAAGGAUAAAUUGACAAGGGUUCGAACCAAACUUUCCAACUCGUUAAAAAAGAGGAAGAAAGCUAUUGCCAAGGCCUCGAAGCUGCAGGACACGGUUACCAAACUAGAGAACGAGCUCCAGGGUGCCCAGGCUACCGCGGCUACUGCGCAGGCGAGGGUCUCUUCCCUAGAGAUCGAUCUUGAAGCUGCUAGAGCUGAGGUUGCUGCGUCGCAGGAGAGGGUUGCCUCUUUAGAAGCGGAAAGGGCGACUACUGAGCAUAGGUCUAUAAAGCGCGCCCUCUAUGGCGUAUGGAGGCAAGACCCCAAUCUUGACUUCUCCUCCUUUGGCGAGUAUGCCGUGACUCGGGCGGCUGGGUGGAGCGCCCGGGGCAGGAGGCCCUGA